GUGACAGCCGCCCGCGUAAAUUCGAAAUGGCUGAUGAUUUGCAGGCGGGUGUAGUUCUGGAACCUGACGCUAUGGUUCCACCGAGACCUGAGUUGGCGGCGGAGGAGGAACCGGCGUCCUGGAAGGAAGGUUUAUUCCAGGAUACAGAUCCAUGCAGUGAUUGUGGCUAUCAUGCUAAUCCAGGUGCUACUGUAAAAACUCUAAUGCCAGAAGGAAAAAUUCUUUUUCCACAAAUUAUCCAAACAAAUGAACUUCUGUUUUAUGAGCGAUUCAGAGCCUAUCAGGAUUACAUUUUAGCUGACUGUAAGGCCUCUGAAGUAAAGGAAUUCACAGUCAGCUUCUUGGAAAAGGUCCUUGAACCAUCUGGAUGGUGGGCAGUCUGGCACACUAAUGUGUUUGAGGUGUUGGUUGAGGUUACAAAUGUGGACUUUGCAGCAUUGAAGGCAGUGGUGAAGCUUGCAGAGCCGUGUAUCUAUGAAUCUAAAUUGAGCACUUUUACCUUGGCCAAUGUGAAGGAGCUUUUGGACCUGAAGGAGUUUCAUCUGCCUCUGCAGGAGCUGUGGGUGGUAUCAGAUGACUCACAUGAAGUUCACCAGAUGGCCCUUGCGAUCGAGCACGUCAGAUUUUUCUACAAAAACAUCUGGAGAAGUUGGGAUGAAGAAGAGGAGGAUGAGUAUGAUUAUUUUGUCAGAUGUGUUGAACCUCGAUUGAGAUUGUAUUAUGAUAUACUUGAAGAUCGAGUUCCCUCAGGACUUAUCGUUGACUACCACAAUCUGUUGUCUCAAUGUGAAGAGAGUUACAGGAAAUUUUUAAAUCUGAGAAGCAGUUUGUCAAGUUGUAAUUCUGACUCUGAGCAGGAAAAUAUCUCCAUGGUGGAAGGGUUAAAUUUGUAUUCAGAAAUUGAACAGUUGAAGCAAAAGCUAAAACUUAUUGAGAAUCCUUUGUUGAGAUACGUUUUUGGUUAUCAGAAAAACUCUAAUAUCCAAGCAAAGGGUACUCGUCAAAAUGGCCAGAAGGUCAUCCAUGUGGUUUCCUCCACCAUGAAGACAGGUCUGCUUCGGUCUCUAUUUAGGGACAGGUUUUGUGAGGAGUCUUGCAAAGAAGAAACGGAAAUUCAGUUCCAUAGUGAUCUGUUGUCUGGUAUAAAUGCCUGCUAUGAUGGUGACACUGUCAUUGUUUGUCCUGGCCAUUAUGUAGUUCAUGGCACCUGCUGCAUAGCUGACUCCAUUGAGUUGGAAGGAUACGGUCCCCCAGAUGAUAUCAUCAUUGAAAAGAGGGGCAAAGGAGAUACUUUUGUGGAUUGCACGGGUAUGGAUGUUAAAAUUUCAGGCGUAAAAUUUAUUCAGCAUGAUUCUGUAGAAGGAAUCUUAAUUAUUCACCAUGGCAAGACCACCCUGGAAAACUGUGUACUGCAAUGUGAAACUACAGGAGUCACAGUGCGCACAUCAGCAGAACUUUUUAUGAAAAACUCAGAUGUAUAUGGUGCCAAGGGUGCUGGUAUAGAAAUAUAUCCUGGAAGUAAAUGUACCCUGACUGACAAUGGAAUCCAUCAUUGCAAGGAAGGAAUCCUCAUUAAGGACUUCCUUGAUGAGCAUUACGAUAUUCCCAAAAUAUCUAUGAUAAAUAACGUCAUACAUAAUAAUGAAGGUUAUGGUGUUGUUUUGGUGAAGCCUACAAUUUUCUGUGACCUACUGGAACAUGCCCAAGAUGAAACUAAUGACAAUACAGUUCAGAAAAAUAAAGAGGCAGAUGUCACUGAAGGAUUAGAUCUGGAAGAAAUGCUUCAGUGUGUGUCUAACAAAAUGGAGCCUUAUGCCACAGCAGACUUUAAUGAACAAGCUAAGGGAAACUGUGAAAUUAUAAAUGAACUGCUUGCUAUUUCCAUGCAAAAAGGCCGGAUGAAGAAAAGACUGAGUGAACUUGGGAUCGUACAAGCUGACGACGACUUAAUGUCACAGGAGAUGUUUAUUGAAAUUGUGGGGAACCAGUUUAAGUGGAAUGGCAAGGGGAGUUUUGGCACCUUUCUUUAUUAGCUACAAUGAGACCAAUAGCUCACAAAGUAUUGUGUUUUGACAUGUCCUAAGCACGCUACUUAUAUACGUUGCUUCAUUUGCUUCAUAACUGUAUAUUAUAUAAAGUGUACUUGAUUAAGCUCGUGUGAAAUAUGGGUUUAUUUCUACCUAAAUGUAUUAUAUACAGAGCACACCUUUGUAGGAAAGCCAUAAAAAACAGAAAAUAUGAAUGUACAUGUAGCUCAAUAGUAGAGCAUUUGUCUAACACGUCCAAGGCCCAAGGUUCAAUACCCAGCUCUCCCCCUCGCUUCCCUCCCCAAAAAGAAAGAAAACUAAUUGGAGAUUUCUUAUCUAGAAAAUCCCCUUUUUUAACGGAAUAGCUCUGCUAUAUUGAGCCUUCUAGUACUUUUUUUUUCUUGUAAAUACCCUUUAGCAUUGAAGGUGAAAGAGAAAGAGGUGCAAGAUGUGAGAGUAAGUGUGCAGUAGGUGUCAUGUGUUCAGUGUCCUUUGUUUGUUUGUGAUAGUGUCUCUCUAGAAACUCAGUGUGUAAACCAUGCUGGUCUCAGGCUCAUUGACUCGCCUUACCUCUGCCUCCCAUGUGCUGAGAUUAGAGACACAUGCCACCAUACCUAGUUUGAAUGGGAUACUUUUUUAAUUGAAAUUAUUGUCAUUAAAUAGGUCACAGGUAUGUGUUCAGAGCCAGUAUUGAAUAUAAAUGAUUAUAAGAAUAUUUAAUUGCAUGUAAAACUUUUGAAGUAUGCAAAAGUAUGUUACAGUUAACAUUUUUUUCCUGACUUUUUAGGCAUGUGAAAAUUUCAUAAAACUGUUGUUUGAAAUUUUUCUAUUUUCUCUGCUCAUCAGCUAAAACCUCUCAAAGCCUCUUCCCACAGGUAAAGCUUAAUGAGCUGGGUCAACAAUGCUCCCAUCCAGGUGGUCCAAAUGCAGUGAGACCAGGACCUGAGAUAUUGGGAUUUAGACAUCACAUGGUGAAAGCUCAGAGUAACCUGAUUUGAUGAGUUUGAAUUGAGGGAUAAAUGUGUAGCAGGACAGGUCUUUCUUGUUUUGUAUAUGAAGGCUUCAAACUACCAGGGUAUCACAAUUAAAGACCAGUUUUGAAAUGUACUGGCCCAAUGGACUGAGGAUUAGGGAGACAAAAUAUAUAAAUAUAUUUAUUACAGUUCCUCGCAUUGUGGUGACCUAUAACCAUAAAUAAUAUAAAAUAAAAAUUAGAAAAAUUAAUAAUAUAUCACAUUUAAUAAAAAUAAUGUCUUUCCUUGAAAUUCA